AGCAUCAUGAGCAGCCCGUCCCCGCUCUUCCGCUUUCCUCGACACGAGCACCGGUUCCGUGCAGUGUCUGCGGACACGUCGUUCACGAUUUGACGAUCCCUCACGAAUUACGAUGCAACCCUCGAUGGCCGCAGAAAAAUCAGAAAGCGCGACUCCGGCGAGCCACACCCGGGCGUCUUCUAUCGACAAGACUACCAUUCGUGGCUCAGAUGAGAACGUCACCCGCAAGGCAGAGGAAGCAGGCGUCGUCUCAGAGAAGGGGGAGAAAGAGGAUGGCACGGCCAAGGAGGUUCAGACUACCGAACGACCUGAAGAGGUUACCUUCCCAGAUGGUGGUUUUCGAGCAUGGCUGGUGGCUCUCGGGGUCGGCUGUGGUAUUGGGGCUACCUUCGGUUUCGUCAACGCAUGGGGUGUCUUCCAAGCAUACUAUGAGGAAACCAUGCUUCCUGACACGCCCCCGUCAACCAUUGCCUGGAUAGGCUCUACGCAGUACGCGCUGGUCUUCAUUCCAGGUCUCUUAUUCGGCCGGUUGUUCGACAUGGGCUACUUCAAGGGGCCCUUGCUAUGUGCAUCCGCCGUGCUCGUGGCUGCUACGUUCCUCGUAGCAGAGUGCACGGAGUUCUGGCAGUUCAUGCUCUGUCAGGGCCUUGCAGUUGGCUUCGCAUGUGGGACGAUCUUUGGGCCUACUUUGGGUAUUCUACCACAUUGGUUCAAGAGAAAGCUUGGCAUCGCGUACGGCCUCACUGCGACAGGGUCUAGUGUGGGCGGAGCAUUGUUCCCCAUAGCUACGCGCAAUCUUAUUGAGCAAGUGGGAUUCAAGUGGACCAUGCGGAUAUUGGGCUUCAUCCUUCUGUUCCUCCUGGGCAUCUGCAACCUGACGACGGAACGACGACUUCCGCCAAAGAAGGAGCAAGGCCCGUUCCUGAACUUCAAAGCGUUCAGAAACCCGGCGUUCACGUUCUACUCCGCCGCGGCGUUCGUCAACUUCCUCGGGCUGUACACCGUCCUGACGUACAUCGACGUGAGCGCACAGGGCACUAACGUCCCAGAGAACCUGUCCUUCUACUUGCUGCCGAUAGCAAACGCCGGUUCGCUCAUCGGCCGUAUAGUGGGUGGAUUCCUCGCGGAUAGGUUUGGCCCUUUGAAUGUCAUUACACCCGCAAAUGUCGUUGCAGGCAUCAUGACAUUCGCAUGGCCAUUCGCGGGGGGCACAGCUGGUUACGUUGUCAUCGCCAUUCUCUACGGAAUGUCGUCGGGCAUCUUCGCUUCCCUCGUCGCCCCGCCCAUAGUCAGUAUGGGUGAGAUCAGGGACGUCGGCGCCCGCGUCGGCAUGGCGUUCACGUUCCUCGCGCUCGGAGCGCUUGCGGGCCCGCCGAUCUCAGGGGCAAUCCAGACGGCGACAGGCAGUUACAAGGCAGUUGGGUAUUACGCAGGGACCACGAUCGAGUUCGCCGUGAUCUUGCUGAUGAUCUGCAGAUAUCACGUCCUAGGAGGCAAAUUCUGGGGCAAAUGCUGAUGCCCUUGCGUCAAUAACACUGUUACCUCAAAACCCCUUUCGAUGCCACACCUUUACGAUUUAGACUUCGACUUCGAUGGAUCUGCAGA